GUGAAAGCGCUUGAAAAGCUUCACAAAAAGCGCUGUAAUAGCUUCUUUAUUCAAUACGCCACCAAUUACCAUGGCAACCGACAUGGAAACAUUUUUCCAAUAAAUACGUAUUUAUGUUGAUAAAAAAACAAAGAAACAAAUACCUGCUGUGUAGGUAGGGUACUUGUAAUAAUAUGUCAAAAGCCAAGAAAAACGUCGUGUGGGAAGACCGGGAGGUGCUCUUCGAUUUACCUUUCAAUUACCUAAGACUGCGGCUGGGAGAGAAGGUGUUCGAGCGAAUAGAGCCCAUAGAAGACUCGAAGGGAAACAGCGGGAUGAAGGGCCGCCUCGUCGUCACCAGCUUGAGGGUCCUCUGGCAUUCGCUUUCCUCGCCUAGGAUCAAUUUGUCGAUCGGCCUCAACUGCUUCAUAUCAACGAGCACCAAGGUGGUGAACUCAGGCCUGCGAGGCGCCACUCAAGCGUUAUACAUUCUCGCAGGAUACAACACUAACCGAUAUGAGUUCGUCUUCACCAACCUAUCUCCCAACUGCGUCCGGCAUUACACUUCUGUUGUAGGAGUUCAUAAAGCAUAUGCAGCAUCACGAAUGUACCGCGAUUUAAAACUUAGGGGACCCUUUAUACAUAACAAGCAAUUACGCGUAUUGCCUCUUGAAAAGAUCUGUCUCAUGGAAAAUGGCAUUUGGAAUUUAUCAAGUGAAUCUGGUAAUCUAGGCACCAUGGUGGUAAGCAACGUGAGGAUCGUCUGGUAUGCAGACGUUAACGAUGCCUUCAACGUUUCUAUGCCGUAUAUUACUAUUGAAAGUAUUACAAUACGCAAUUCAAAAUUCGGUGACGCUCUGGUUAUUGUAAUACGAUCUGCUUGUGGUGGAUAUGUGCUAGGCUUCAGAGCUGACCCCCACGACAGGCUUGCUCCUUUGCUCAAAGAACUGCAGACUUUACACCAGGCGUAUACUGAGAAACCUGUGCUUGGAGUCGAGAUGGAUUGGGGGUGUGAGGUAUCAAGACCAACACAAGAUGAACUAGAAGAUCUGGAAGAAAUUGGAGAACCGAGAGGUGAAAUGGGGCCAAGUCUGUAUUUAGCUUCUCAGCAGUCCCAUAAUAAAGAAGAUACGGAUGUACAACCAGUCUAUAGCUCCUAUUUAGGGCUAGCUAUCGAGCCGUUGAAAGAAGGAUUCACGCUUAAAAGCCUAUUUGAAGUCCAGACCUCUACAAAUUAAAUUAAUUAAUUAU